AUGGAUGAUCUGGAAUCCGACCUAAAGCCCCGCCUCAUUGCGCUGCAGCAGUGCCUCUCCACCGUGGCGAGCGCGCUGCACGAUUUCCAGUCGGGCCGCGCCUACGUGGACAGCCUUGGUGGCUCGGUGAAUUCAUCCGUGGUGCGGUUUGGUGUGAAGGCCGGUGAUAAAGAUGAGAGUUGCGAUGCGAUUCUUACGAAGAUGGAGUUCCAGAUGAAGGACCUGAUGGAUCUAGCGUACAAAAUCCGGCACGGCUUCGUGCGCUUCCCUAGGGAGACCGCGACGCUGUAA